GUCGUCACUCCUAGUCCAAAAAUGUCCUGGUCGACAAUUGGCCCGCUGAGCUUUGGUUGCUAUUCAAGCGCCUCCGAGUAGUGUGCGUAAGUACGUGUGGGCAUGGUGAUGCGAUGUGAGGACUUAUUUGAAGAUCCUACUGUCAUACAGCGGUGAAAAUCUCUGGGUGUGUGAAAGCAGUGUGCAACAGCAACCACAGCCAGUCUAGAAAGUCACUGACCAUGACGCGCUGGCGCUCCUUUAUGCAGGCAGGAUUUCCACAGUUUGCCAAUAAUUCCAGAAACCAGCAUUAUUUCAGAGAGAAAAUAACCAUGUUUUAGUGUUUUCCGUAAUCAUAUUCUGGAUACAAAAACAGUGGAAACGAACUGGAAGUGGAUUGAGAGAACAGUAGCCACGUUCUUCAGUGAAGCAACGAUGGAGGAGCAGCGGGAUCUGAACAGCACGGAUAGCAGCGAAGGAGAGAGCGUCUCCCCUUCUCCAAGCCUGCCCUCGCCUCCUAUACUGCCUCUACAGGUCGCUCAACAAGCCCACAGAACCACCAACUUUUUCAUUGACAACAUUUUGCGACCGGACUUCGGCUGCAAGAAGGAGCAAGUUGUGAGCCCGCGGGAGAGGGCGCAGACUUCCGACCGUGAGCGCGUCCACUCGGUCAGCAGGCCGAGUCUUGCCGGAACGCCGUGCCAGGACUCAAACUGUAGCAGUGACAGCACGUCGUCUUCUGCCUCCUCCAAUGCCUCCUUGGCGAGUCCCAGGAAGAGCAACGGCAGCUGCGGAGAAUCUGCAGCGGCCGCCCUAUCUACCGGGAGCAGCGGCACUGUUAAAGCCGAGGAAAGGACUGGCAGUGGGGCCGGGGAGAACAUAUCUUCUUCACUGGUUGUGUUGAACGGCACCGGGACACCAACACCUGAGACCCAGCCGCUGCUCUGGCCUGCCUGGGUCUAUUGCACGCGGUACUCGGACAGGCCCUCAUCUGGGCCAAGGACACGGAAACUGAAAAAGUCGAAAAGUGGCAAAGAGGACAAGCGGCCGCGCACGGCAUUCACAGCUGAGCAGCUGCAGAGACUGAAGACGGAGUUCCAGGUGAAUCGCUACAUAACGGAGCAGCGGCGGCAGUCUCUGGCCCAGGAGCUCAACCUCAACGAGUCCCAGAUUAAAAUCUGGUUUCAGAAUAAGCGGGCUAAAAUCAAAAAAGCCAGCGGCUUCAAGAACGGGCUGGCCCUGCAGCUGAUGGCGCAGGGACUGUACAACCAUUCCACCACCACCAUCCAGGAGGACAAGGAAGACAGUGACUGAGGAACACCAGCAGGAGACUCGCUGUCCUCCACACACUGUAUAUUGUAAAUAAAUGUCUAAUUUAACGAGGACGACAGGGAGGGUGGUGAGCGCCUCAUCAGCUCUUCUCUUCCUCACCUCCUUCUUUUCCUCCUCAGAAGUGACUUCACAACACAACAGACAAAUGCACACUUCUGGACUGACCUGCCACGCAAAACCAAAGAUUUUAUUGGAAAGCAGAGCCUAGAAAAUUUCACUAAUAAUAAAGGAAAAUAAACCCUCACCCCGGCAAGUAACUUCAUUAAAACUGUAAUUUGAUAGUGUUUUUUUUUCUGGAUCAACCGACAUCUUCAGAGUUGCUUUAAUCUUAAAUUAGAUGCGACCGAGAUGUCAUGCACAGAUUAAGUGCCAACAAGUAACAACGUUUUGGUGAUAAUUAGAAGCCGCUAUAAAAGACACGAAAUCUCUUCGGGAACACAGAAAUAUUCACAUCGUCCUUGCUUUAAUGUGGAGAUGACUGUGAAACUACACCAUGCAAAAAAAUCUCAGCGAAUAAUUAGCAGUGUCCCCAGAACGAAGGACACUAUUGCAUUAAACAAAUACAGAUAAAACAAAAUAAAAGAACAUAAAAUAAACACACAAAGACACAUAAGAAAAGUACAAUUAAACAACUUUAAGUUCAAAAUGAUUAACAUUGAUAAGAAAUACUACAGUUUCUGAAAUAUUUCCAUCCGGACCUACAAAGUGUGUCUGAGAGAAUGAGUGAAUUUCAUUCCAAAAUUUUCACGAUGGUGCUUUUGUAAUAUCUCUCGGGAAAUGACUGUAGGCACUGAACAGUUCAUACAAGGAACAUCUAAGCAUAUAGAUAUAUAUGCUUAGAUAUAUAUGCAUACCAAAUAUGCAUACCAAAUCACAAGCAUUUCCUCACACAUCUCUCUGGAGCUGUGCGGCAACAGGCUCAAUAGCAAACAGCCUCUCUGGACUAUCUGUCUGAAACAAAGCCAAUGUUACUGCUCCCCGAAGAAGAGCGGGGGAGGGGUGUAUUAUGUACAGUUAAACCGUGUUUCCAAAUAAAUAAUUUUAUAUUGUAAAAGAAAAUCCUCACACACUGACCGACUUUUUUGUUUUUCUUUUAUUCUAGUGGAUGUCACCACAAACAGUCAAUUAAUACUUCUCUCUCUCUCUCUCUCUCUCUCUCUCUCUCUCUCUCUCUCUCUCCCCCCCCCCCCCCCCCCCCCCGUGUGUGUGUGUGUGUGUUGGUCGCAGCUCACUGGUUCAAGUGAGUGGGACAACUGAAUCCAUAUUCAUAGGUCUUUAGAAAGGAGGCAAAUUUACACUGCGAGACGCGCCGCUAUCAGCGCUGUUCAAGGCGUUACAGAGCAUGAAAUUGCCUCUCCGUCUCUCAGUGUUCACCCAUUUCAUCAGCCAGGCCUCUGCACAGCUUGAAACAAAAAUACAGAGGUGUUGGAAGUAAAAGGAGAAGGAAUCUCUGUUGUGUAUGCGUGUUUGGGAGACUUCCAGAGAGGAGAAGCGUCAGUCCACGGCCUGAAGGCACGAGGCCUUAACUUUAAUGCACAUUACUGCACAAAAUAAAACUCAAACAAACGUUGUUUUAAAGAAAUCAAGUCAGGGAAAACAAGACCUGUAUUUACAAAAAUAGCUUGUAUUUUCAAUGCUAGCAAAUAUUCUACAAGAAAUACAACUAGGUUAUUUCAGUGCUUUUGCAAUUUCUGCAUUCCCUUUACAGUACAUACCAUCCAUUCUCUAUACAACGCUUUAUCCUCAGUAGGGUCGCGGGGGGUGCUGGAGCCUAUUCCAGCUGACUCGGGCGAAGGCAGGGGACACCCUGGACAGGUCGCCAGUCUGUCGCAGGGCUACAUAUACAGACGAACAAUCACACUCGCAUUCACACCUACGGGCAAUUUAGAGUGAUCAAUUAACCUCAGCAUAUUUUUGGACUGUGGGAGGAAGCCGGAGUGCCCGGAGAAAACCCACACAUGCACAGGGAGAACAUGCAAACUCCAUGCAGAAAGAUCCCAGGCCCAGCCCAGGAUUUGAACCGGGAUCUUCUUGCUGCAAGGCGAAAGUGCAAGUGCCACUGUGCAGCCUACAGUACGUACCGUUUCUCUUAAAUAUGAUUUUUUAAACUUAUACUUAUUCGAUUCGAUUUUUAAAACAUCAUUUAUAUGUUCGAGAAUUCCACAAGCAUUGUUUAAUGGUUUCAGUUAAAAAAAAAACAUACAACCCAGUGAAAUUGCACGUUUGUUAAGAAAUGCAAUUUAUUGUGAUUGUGUGUGUUUACAAAAAAGCUCAAAAAUGAUAGAAGCAGAAGCGUCAAGCCAACAUAAUCCCUCUCUAUUUUCUUCUCGAUUUAUCACAUUUUAAUCUCAGGAAUGUAUUGCUCCCGUAUUGUUAUUUGCUAAAUGAUUGGAGGACGCUUUAAAACAUGCCUUUAGUUAUUAGGACAGAGAGAAGAGCAGGUGUGAUUUUUUUAACAGAUGAUAAGGAACAGAUCCUGUAGGUGGAAUAGAGAAAUGUCCCGCGGUUACUAUGUGAUAGAUAGAUAGAUAGAUAGAUAGAUAGAUAGAUAGAUAGAUAGAUAGAUAGAUAGAUAGAUAGAUAGAUAGAUAGAUAGAUAGAUAGAUAGAUAGAUAGAUAGCCAUGUGGCUGCUGCUGACAGGAGUCCACUGUACAAUUAUUUUGAACCAAAUUACUUAUCGAGUGAGCGCAUCUUCCUGAUGAAACCCAGCUAUUUUCUGCAGCCUGGAGGUCGUCUGUCAUCCGGACUUUCAUACUUCCCGUAUAACUAGAGUUUGUCUCUUCUAUAAUUGCUUUGGAGCCUGUCCAAACAAAGUAUUCCCCACCUUUAAAAAAAAAAAAAAAAAAAAACAGAGGGAAACAGCAGGCUGAGAUCAAUUUGUCAAAUUCAAAGGUAAAUGUUGUGACAGCUUGAGUGGAUCUUUGUCUCUACCUGUUUUCUUCUUCUCUGUAGCUUCUGCUAUGCAGGAAAGAGAAGAGGAGGUGAAAGGGCCUCUAUGCAAAGAAACAGAGAACUAUUUUUUCGCUGUAAUGCAAUUUUUUAAAAAAGAUAUAAAUUAACAUUCCCCUAUCCCCUAUCAAUUAUAGAGGACUAUAAGUGUGUGUGCGCGCGCGCGCGCGCGCGCGCGUGAAGCAGUGGAUUCUGUGUUGAUACAUGUUUUGGUCUGCAGAGUAUAGCCACAGCCGGUCCCUGGGGCUACAAAGCAGCUUUCAUUUACAUGCAGAUUAAGGUAAUAAAUAGAGCCACUGCUGCUGUCCUCCCUGUUGAUGAAGAACUGUAUGAAUGUACAUUAUUAUUUAUUAUUAUUAUUUUUACUGUUAUUAUUAUUAUUAUUGUUACCAUGAUUGUUGUUGUUGUUGUUUUUGUGGUGCUGUUCCUGUUUUGUUAAUAUAAUGAUGAUAAUGAUAAUAAUAAUAAUCAUAAUAAUAAUAAUUAAAGUCCAGACUGUUCUGCC